UUCAUUGAGUGAGUAACUGAAGGUAAAGACCUGUGAACAUCUGAGAAGAUGAAGGUCCUUUUCCUCACCAUAGCACUAAGCCUGUUCUCUAUCCUCCAAGCUCAGGAGUCAUCCCCUUCUGAAGAAUGCUUUGAGGGUACAUACAUUGUAAAGGCCAUUGUGAUAGACAGUGAAUUUCUUGAGAAGCAUGCACCUAAGGAGAUGUCACCCUUGACAAUCACCCGCCUUAGCUAUGAUGAUCUGGAGGCCAAAUUUACCAUCAACCAGAAUGGAAUGUGUGAAGAGAUUAAAUUGAAAUUAGAGAAAACAAACAAUCCUGGGCUAUUUUCUGUGGAUGAGAGCAACAACCAGAUACUCAUAGAAAAGGCAUCUGUGAGAGAUCAUUGGCUUCUCCUUGGUGAAGGCGAGAUACAUGGCAGCCAAGUGCGAGUUGCCAAACUUGUGGGUCCAGAUGAAGAAGAGAACCCAAAAGCCUUUGAAGACUAUAAAAAGUUUGUCAGGCUUACAGGAUUCAAUGAAGAUAAAAUCAAAAUCCCUGGACAAGUUGAGGCUUGCACCCCGGAACAUGAUUAAGGAGAAGGUGAUUCUCUUCAACCUUAGAAUCAAUGCUGUCCAGGAAAUCCCAGUCAUAUCCUUAAAUACCAAGGUGUUCCUAGUGCCUGGUUGCUACAUAAACUUCUCCUUUUCAUCCUUAAUCUCUUUCUUCAACUUUUAGU